UGAAACACAUUAUUUCGUUGUAAGUCGUUUCAAGCUGAGUUUGGUUCGACAAUUAAGGAUUUUAUUGAUUAAAGUUCCUAAAAAAUUCAGAAAUUAUACUAAAAUAUUAAAAUAAUAAAUAAGAAAAACUUAUUUUGUGUAUUUACAGAAUAAUACAUUUUGUAAAAUCAUGGAUUUCUUAGAAUAUCCUGACAUCACUGCAGAGGUUAAGGGUGCUAUGACUCCUGGUCGUUUAAAAUUGACUGAUCAGCACAUAAUAUUUAAAAACCAAAAAACCGGCAAAGUUGAACAAAUUUCAGCCAAUGAUUUGGAAAUGGUUAACUUUCAAAAAUUUGUUGGAACUUGGGGUUUAAGGUUAUUUUUGAAAAAUGGUCUCCUUCAUCGAUUCCGAGGCUUCAAAGAAAAUGACCAAGAAAAAAUAGCAAAAUUUUUCUCUACUAAUUAUAAAAAAGACAUGUUGGAGAAAGAAUUAAGUUUAAAAGGAUGGAAUUGGGGAACAGCCAAGUUCCAUGGAUCUGUUUUGAGUUUUGAUGUCGGUCAUCACACAGCUUUUGAAAUUCCAUUAAAUGAUGUAUCUCAAUGUACUACAGGAAAAAAUGAAGUUACCUUAGAAUUUCAUCAAAAUGACGAUGCUCCAGUAAGUCUUUUAGAAAUGCGGUUUCAUAUACCAGUAAGUGAUAGUGCUGAUCAAGAUCCGGUAGAAGCAUUCCACCAACAAGUGAUGGAAAAAGCUUCUGUUAUCAGUGUCAGUGGAGAUGCCAUUGCAAUUUUCCGAGAAAUUCAAUGUCUUACGCCUCGAGGUCGUUAUGACAUCAAAAUAUUUCAAACCUUUUUCCAACUUCAUGGAAAAACUUUUGAUUAUAAAAUUCCUAUGUCAACAGUAUUAAGAUUGUUUUUACUUCCUCACAAAGACAGCAGACAAAUGUUUUUCGUAGUGAGUUUGGAUCCUCCGAUAAAACAAGGUCAGACUCGAUACCAUUACUUAGUUUUAUUAUUCAACCAAGAAGAAGAAACCUCUAUAGAACUUCCUUUUACUGAAAAAGAGUUGAAAGAUAAAUAUGAAGAUAAAUUACCUAAGGAAUUAUCUGGACCAACUUAUGAAGUUCUUGGAAAGGUGAUGAAAGUAAUAAUUAACAGAAAAUUAACUGGCCCUGGUGGUUUUCUUGGACAUUCUGGAACACCUGCAAUUGGAUGUUCAUUCAAAGCAGCUGCAGGUUACUUAUAUCCAUUGGAGCGUGGAUUUAUUUAUGUACAUAAACCUCCAAUUCAUAUUCGCUUUGAUGAAAUAGCAUCUGUAAACUUUGCUCGAGGUGGUGGAUCAACUCGAUCUUUCGAUUUUGAGAUUGAACUCACCAGUGGUGUUAUUCAUACAUUCAGUAGCAUAGAAAAAGAAGAAUAUGGAAAACUAUUUGAUUUCAUUACUUCAAAGAAAUUAAGAGUGAAAAAUAGAGGUAAAGGAGAUAAGAUGGAUUACGAUAAUGAUUUCGGUGGCAGCGAUCAAGAAGAUGAACCUGAUGCUUAUUUGGCCAGAGUUAAAGCUGAAGCUAAAGAACGUGAUGAUGAGCGCAAUGAUCAGGAUUCUGACGAAGGAAGUUCUACUGAUGAAGAUUUUAAUCCGAAUCAAGAUGAAAGUGAUGUUGCUGAAGAAUACGAUAGUAAUGUUGAAACCUCUGAUAGUGAUGAAGGUUCAGAUGAUUCUGGAGGCAGUGAAAAAGAAAAGAAAGAAAAAGUGAAGGAAAAGGAAAAGAAAAAAUCAAAGUCUGCUAAAACCGUUUCAGAAAAGCCUCGCAAACCUCGAAAGUCGAAAAAAGAAAAGGAUGAAAAUAAACCAAAAAGGCCUAGUUCUGCUUUCAUGCUUUGGCUUAAUGCUACGAGAGAUAAAAUUAAAUCUGAAAAUCCGGGAAUUUCAGUUACUGAAAUAUCAAAAAAAGCGGGAGAAAUGUGGAAAGAACUCAAAGACAAAUCUGAAUGGGAACAAAAAGCAGCAAAAUUAAAGAAAGAAUAUUCCGAAGCUUUGAAAGAAUAUGAAUCCAGUGGAAAGGCACCAGAAAAAGCUGAUAAGAAGAAAGAGUCUAAGAAGGAAUCAAAGAAGGAUAGUAAAAAAGAAACAAGUUCUCCAGUGAAAUCAGGAACAUUUAAAAGCAAAGAGUAUAUUAGCGAGGAUGAAAGCAGUAGUGAUGAAAGUACAAAAGAUAAAAAAUCCGCAAAAGACAGUGAUGAUGAUGAAGCCAGUGAAGAUGAAAAACCCAAAAAAGCAGAUAAACGCUCUGCAGCUGAUGAUAAAAAGAAGGUAAAGAAAACUAAGAAAGAAUCUACACCGGCAUCUAGUGAAGAAGAAUCGGCAGAAAUAGAAAGCGAUGCUUCGAGCGAUGCCAAAAGUGAUUAAAUAUAAU